CAAACGUAAACUUGGGUUCCGUUAGACCUUCUUUAAGAUAAAAAUGAGAAAUAGUAUUAUCGAAAAACAGAUAUUUAUACCCAUUCGAUGAAUAAAUAAGUAUGCUAGUAAUAAUAUCAUAGCUAAACGACUUAUAAGUCUAAAAUAAAGAGCAAAACGGAACCAUUAUCGCUUGUUUCCAAUGGGAUAAUAAUACAGGAGGGAUCAAGACUCACAUGGGAGAGAUGUUUCACACAGAAUUAGAUGAAUUCUUCACACUUGGCUGCUAACUGAAGGUUUUUGGACAACUUCUAACUUAUUUGAUAAUUAAAGUCCAUUGUUUCCGCCAAAUAAGAUGACAUCAGGAAACCCCUGACAAUCUAUUAAAUGAACAGAACAAGAUGGAGCCACAAGCCAAACGAAGGAAAGAAAUGGACAGAUGUGACUCUUGGGAUGUUCUUCCAGUUCUCUCUGACAAACAGUCCCAGGACACUGAAUUGUUGCUGGCCUACGCAGCACCUAUCAUCGAGAAAAGACAAACAUCUCGCCUGGUCAAAGAGCUUUCCCUGAUCUACCCUUUACCCGGUCUGCAACACAUAAAAAGAGUGAGGGCUUGCAAAGACAAAAGCACUUCUCAUCCGUUGGAAGUCAUUGUGUGCUUGGCCACGGAUGUGCAGGUGAUAGACUGCAAAGUAGUUACGCUUGCUGAUCUGCUUCGCUCACAGUCUUUAGACUCCAGUGGUUUGGGAGAACCUUUCCUUGUCGAAAUACCCGCCAAUCCUCCACUGACCAGACCGCAGUUUGAAAAAGCUAGUAAACACUGGCCCACGUCAUUUCACGAGGACAAACAAGUGACGUCUGCUCUCAGAGGCCAGUUAUUCACUGCUGAUCAGAAAGCUAAAAUGCAAAAGUACAUGACGGCAGCUGUAGAGGCUGCAAAAUCCGGCGGGAAGAUGGGAAUGGAUGCGGUGGGUGCCGUGAUUGUUGACCCAGAAUCUGAGCAGAUUGUUGCAGUGGGUCAUGACUGUAAGCACGGCUCUCAUCCGCUCCAUCAUGCUGUCAUGGUCUGUAUCGAUCUCGUGGCCUGUGGGCAAGGAGGAGGCGCCUACAGUUAUGAGAAAUAUCCAGCCUGUCGGUUUAGCAGCUCUGUGUCCUUUAGGAAUGCAUGCAAUGCCGAAGAAACCAGUUUGCCUUACAUCUGCACCGGAUAUGACCUUUACAUCACUCGAGAGCCGUGCGUGAUGUGUGCAAUGGCUUUGGUGCACUCAAGAAUCAACAGAGUGUUUUAUGGAGCGCCCUCUGCAGAUGGUGCCUUGGGAACCAAGUAUAAAAUUCACUGCCAAAAAGAUUUAAAUCAUCACUUUGAAGUGUUUAAAGGUGUGAUGCUAAAUGCAUGUGAGGCUUUACACAAAAAGUGAUUUUUUUUCUUUUUUUUUUAUAAUUGGAGGCAAUAUUACAUUGACAUUUAUGAUGACAUUUUAAUUGUUUUUACAUUUCUAACUACAGCCAAAUGUUUAAGACCAUAAUAAAAAGUAUUACAAAUCGUUGUCUACCUUUAUAUUUCUUAUUCAAUUCAUGUCUUAUGUUUCCAACAUUGAGAGUAAGAAAUGUUUUAUGAGCACCACAUCUGCAUAUUUAAAUGAUUUCUGAAGAAUAAUGUAACACUGAAAACUGGAGUAAUGAUGCUUAAAUUUCCGCUUUGACAUCACAGGAAUAAAUUACAUUUCAAAAUAUAAUAAAAUGGAAAAGUUCUUUUAAUAUAUAAAAUAUUUCAAAACGUUACAGUAUUUUUGUUUAAAUAAAUCCAGCCUUUGCAAGCAAAAAAACUUUCUUAAUAUUUAGGAAAUCUUUUUUGAACAGUGGUGUUUAUGAUUGCAUGAGUUUAUGAUUUACAUUAAAUGUAUUUUCUAUUUCACACAAUUUAUUUUUCUAGUGAACAACAUAGUUUCUAAUACUUUGCAAAGUUUUAUUUGUUUGCAGCAUGUCAUGAAACACACCACAUACUAUGUUCAUUCCUCUUCUCAAAACAAAAGGACAAAACAAUUGGCACAGCCGAGCCUUUGCGAAUAUUGUCAAAAGACAAGAAAGUGGAAGAAUACAAAUAGUUUAAUGGGUCUAUGUUACAGUUUCUCAACUUCAAUAAUACUGUGACGGAAAAGAGCAAAGAAACAUGAUAGUCUGCCGAAGCUUGGUAAUGAUCCGGACAUUUAAAAUGACACUGAAAUUGAACUGAAAGUCAACAUGAAAUACUCUGAUUCAAACAGAAGAUGAAAAAAUGUAGGGAAGGGCAAAGGAAGCCGUUCAAAAUAAAUAAAGAAAUGUUCUUUGAAAUAAUGUACACUGAUAAAAUGUGCAAAAUGAGACCAGAAAUAUGUAUUA